GUGUGUGUGUGUGUGUGUGCAGGUCUGCUCAUGCGCCCAUGAAGAGAUGCUGCUGCUGCUGAUCAGAGGUGUGUGCGCUGCGGCGGGCUUAUUUACACCCGUUUAGUCACACUGCAUCAUAGAAAAGCUCUGGCGCUCCUUAGGAAAUGGACUUUCUAAAGGGAUUAAUGUGUCUCUGCGGUGAUACAUCUCAAGCUCUAAAUUUGCAUCAUCAGUCCCACAAGCUGUUCCUCCAAACAGUGUGGAAAGGAUUUACACAGCCACAUUACUGAAGAGGAUUCUGUGACUUAUGCUACAUCCCCAUUUUAACUGCGUGUCAGAAAUGCCCCCUUCCAUAAAGUGGUGCAUUAGGUGGGCUGUCUGCUUGUCCUUUAUCCUUGCACUGAUCCCCAGGUCCAGAGCAUCGACGCUGAAUUGUCACAAAAUGUGCAUAUGCGCCAGCAACAUCGUCAGCUGCUCCAAGAUGAACUUGACGACGGUUCCAUCCGACCUGCCCAGCUACACAACUGUGCUUGACGUUAGUUUUAACGAGAUAACCGGACUACGCGCACAAUGGACCAAGCACAAACUUCCCAACCUCCACAACCUCUUGCUUAGCCACAACGGUUUGUCGUUCAUCUCCUCUGAGGCGUUCAUUUUCGUAAAGCAGUUGCGUUACUUGGAUCUGUCAUCGAAUACCCUCCGACAGCUGGACGAGUUUAUUUUCGAGCCGCUCGUACAUCUGGAGGUUCUGCUGCUCUACAACAACCAGAUCUCGCAGAUCGACCGCACAGCCUUCACAGGCCUCAGCAGCCUGCAGAAGCUCUACCUGAGCCAGAACCAGGUGUCCCGCUUCCCUCUGGAGCUCGUCAAGGACAAGAGCCGACUGGACAAGCUGAGCCUGUUGGACUUGUCUUCCAAUCGGAUCAAAGUUCUCCCCAUUCAAGACCUCCAGGCGCUGCCGGCCUGGAUCAAGAACGGGCUGUACUUCCACAACAACACCCUAAACUGCGACUGCGCGCUGUACAGUUUAAUGGCUCAUUGGUAUAUCCGACGGCUCAAUUCAGCUGUGGACUUCAAGGACGAUCACACCUGCUUGCAUCCUGGCCCGGAUAAACGGGUGCGUUUAUACGAUCUCAACGUUCAUAUGAACUGCAGCACGUUUAAAGAAACCGACCAAGAGGCUUAUUUGGAGCAGACACUCACCCUCAGCUGUGAUACCAGACAUCGGAACAUGUCCAAGACCUGGAUGCUACCUGGAAACAUAGUGUUGCCGCUUGGCAAUAACCAGAGCAUUGUGGUUCUUCAAGACGGCAGCCUUGAGAUAAAAUCGAUACGACCUGAGGACUCAGGUGUGUACACUUGCUUUGCCGUGAGUGAAUACCUCAAUGAAACGCUCUACGUGGUGGUCAAAGUCCACAACUUUACCCUCAACGGCAACGGCGAGACCCUCAACACCGCUUACACCACUUUGGUGGGCUGCUUGGCCAGCGUAGUCCUGGUUCUUAUCUAUCUGUACAUGACGCCCUGUCGCUGCUUCUGCUGUCCCGACCAGGGCAAAAAGAACCAGCAUGAAGACAGCAUCCACUCCUCCAUGCUCAGUGCCACCCCGACGCACGAGGACAUGGCAACCAAAGCAGAGCUCAACAGGCACGUGGCCUUCAUAGAUCCCAAGGACUUGCAGGGACAGAACGGAAAGGUGAAUCCAAACGGAGAGGAAGAAGUGGAUGAGGAGGCCAUGCAAGGAAAAGGAAAGCGAAAGAAAUCAGUGGCAGACUCGAUUAGUUCAGUCUUUUCUGAUACUCCCAUUGUAGUCUGAGGGAGAGGAUGUGUAUUUUUGGCUAGAGACAGUUCUUUGUUGUGGCUUUCUCGGACAAAGAGACUGAAGUACACAGUUUGCCAUCCUCAGUGUUUGGCUGUUUCUGCAAAACCUUUCCAGCAUUUUAAUCUGUAGCAUUUAAGUAUAUACUGUGAAAAGGUCUUGCCAUAUUAGUGGAAUCUAAACUUGGAGUGUUUAGAUGUUCCUGUGAGUUUAAGCCCACUAGGUGUGACUAGAGGUAGUCUGGGUAAACAACAAAUGCAAUUUGCAAAUUCUCAAUGAUCAAGCUAGGAAGCUAGGUUGAGACACAUUAAUACAUCCUCUAUAUAAUCACAUCAUAAGCAUGAGCUUUGCAGACUGCUAAUGUUAAGAAGAAUAUAGCAUAGAAUGAAGCCCUUGUAGCUAAUCAUAUUUACCACAUUUUAUGCUAACUGACCAACCUUACCACUUUAUGUAAAGCCAUACGCAGUUGGUCAAUGCACUAUAGUGUUUGAGAGUACAGUCACAAGAAAAGGUUGGAAACUGAUGGUUUCUAUGGAACAUUAGAAGUUGUUUUGAAUGAAAGUCAAACAGUAAACUGAACAUUAAUUUUUCACUUUAAAGGGAAAAAAAAUAUUCUGGUAAAACUCGAAUGGCUGUUUGAAUCUAGAUCUUUUCAGUCUGGUUUCAUUAGCAGUUUUAGAAGUUCAAAUGUUGGAAACCAAAUUGUUAGAACUUAGACAGUUCCAUCUAUAUGAAACUAUAUUUAAACGCAGCCGUUUUUGAACGCAAUACCCGUCACAUAAAAAAUGCAGAACGUGUGCAUUUUCAGCCGCUUGAGCUCAUCUGUCAUGACAACCAGGGAGUGACAUAUAACCGAAAUGCUAAUGCAAUCUUUUAAUAGAAUGACGUGUCCCAUCUGCUUGCGUUUUCAUCUCUAAAGCUAUAAUGAUUUGAGCCUGGAUUCAACAGCCAAAAGGGUUUCGGACACUCAGACCUCUUCUCACUCUGCGUUCAUUUGCACUUGUGGUGGUUGGAGUCGGUGCUGACUCAUCCAUUGUCAGAAUGGAUGUCAUUUUUUUUAAGCCUUUGAAGCGCCGAGGUAAUCUUCAUCAGAUAAAAAGCCAAAGGCUGAGGGAAUUUUUAAUGACUUUUUUUUUUUUUAGCUCACACCUUUGUAAUUUUCAGAAUUAAUAAAAAAUCAAGUUUGAAGUUUGAACUCAGGUUAAAACGCAGUGAUUAGCCGAAUGUUCUGAAAUCAGCGGUUCUCAAUUCCCCCGCUCUGCAUAUUUUGCGUGUCUUUCUUAUUUAUCGCACCUGAUUCAGAUAACCAGCUCAUUAGAAGAGAGCUCCAUGCAUGAUUGACACACAGUCCCUACACACACAGUGUUCAUUGCUCCCUACUCCCUGAGCACGGGAAAUACGUUGAAGUUUACUUUAAGACGGAACAUUCAUUCACCGAUUUGCGUUAGCGUGUUUACUCAGGUGAAACUUACUAGAGAAGUGUGGAGUAUGACACAAUACACCGCUGUAAAUAAAUACAAUUUAAAUUUACGUCUCAGACGCUUUAACGCCCUUUGAAUGGAACACGCUCCGUUCGAACUGGGUUCAUGGCGGAAUAUUCUGUUAAGUCCACUUCGCAGGGCACUUACGGUCGAAAAAAACAACAACUAUAGAACUAUAGAACCAUCACAGAAAAUUCUAAAGGUUUCCACUACAAAUACCAUUACAAACAUUACAAACCAUCAACUUUUAACCAUUAAAACUAUUAAAAAUGGUUUUCUGUAGUGUGUUUUGGGACAUAUUCCAUUAGGAUUUAUUGGUUUUAACAAGCCACCAAUAGAAAGUGACAAAUUACCAGUAGAGACCAGGGUCCAUUACAGUUUCCAUUAAAACCAAUACAAGUCCCAUUAUAACAAAUAAAACCAUUACAAAUUUUGUGAUGGUGGCUAUUGUUUUUUUCAGCAGGGUUAUGCUCAUUCCAGACAAGUUUGGAAGAGGGAAUAUCCAGGUUGACUUCCAACUUCUGGGAAUUUUAGUCAAUCACACGUCACGUUAACAUAUUUCUGUCAUUUAUGGCAAAAACAGAAGAAAACUGCUAACGAAAAGAUAAAAUUAGGUUGUUUUAUAAACGCAAUGUCUGAUGUUUUUUAAUUUGACAAAAGGUAACUUCACACUAUGCUUGUUGGAAGCAGUGACGCCAAAUGACGCGUUCUGGUGAGGUUGGGGUAGAUUGAUUUCCCCACAAGUCAGAUAUCCAACUUUAAGAGGUAUUACAGACAUUAUUUCCAAGUAAGAGAUGGGGAAAAUCCUAAUUUUGAGUUGUCUGGAAUGCAGCAUUAUUCUUUAACGCAGAAGUAAGCCUAUGGUCGAGAUUCAGGUUCAUUUGCCGCAAUAAGGAAAUAACGAGAAGAAUAACAACGUGCAGUAAACGAUAAAACUGUUGGCACUACAAACCAGUGUGUUCAUAAUUAAGAUAUUAUAUUAAAACUAUAUGGAAAGACACCAAUCAGUAUGAAGCAGCAAAACAAGCUCUUUUGUACAGCUAAAAAUAGCCGGACGCAGAUGAGAAAAAUAAGGUGGAUAUGCUCCCUUCGAACUGGAAUCAUGGUGAAAUACGCUGUGAAGUCCACUUCGCAGGGCUCUAUGUGGCUGAAUAGAACAAACGUCUGAAGCAGUGUUGCCAGAUUGGAAAUGUCCAAGUAUUGUACCAGAAGCUCAAAAUUAUAGUAUUUGGAAGAAAAUUAACAUACAGUCGAACGUACAGAAUACAGCUAUUUAUCUAGACCCAUAACUUUCUGACACAACCUGCAAAUUACCACAAUAUAUAAAUAACUAGACGUACCUUAGUGGGAAGGUCAAAACUCCACCUCUAAAUCUCUGCCAUCGGAAACCUGCAUCUUGUCAGAUGUUGAGGUGGUCCUUCUGAGUUACAGAUGGAUGUCAUGGGCUGCAACAUAGUACUCGUUGGCUUAAAAGCAGGCCAUGGUAGACAUAGGAUCCACAGCUAGAUCAGUCAGUGUAGAAGUCAUCAUUUGAAGUGUCACGAAAUUCUGAAAUUAUCAUACAUAAUGGGAUUUUUCAUUAUUCGUCAUACAGAGGUCAAAUUAUCGUACUUCCGGCUACACUGGUCAGAACUGAUAAGAGAUACAUACAAAAUGUGAGCGGGGGUCGUGAGGACUGGAAUUGAGAACCACUGUUCUGAAUUAUUACUACAGGCAUACAGCAGUGAUCUCUCACAGACCAAUAUUAUAUUUGCAUAUACAAUGCCAUAGGAAUCUAAAAACACUGCUAUGAAUCAUAAUGUAAUGUGUAAAGGUUGUUGGCUGUGCUCAAGGAAGAUAUGACUAGAUGCAUUCCAACCAGAUAUCAACAUUACGCAUUUCUGUUGCAACAUUAUUGUCCUGGUGGACUUGAAAGCCAUGAUAGGACUGUUCUAGAACACCGGUCAAUGAUGUUAGAAAACCAUACAUGGACUUAGAAAGUCCAGCUUCUCUAGAACCCUUAAUUCUGGGAAUGCCGCUUGCGUUCUUCCGUUCCUAGAAAGAAAUCGGACACAUCUCACGUGUUAACCAUCACCACGUAUUUAUAACAGGGUCUGGUUGGGAUCAGCGGGAGCAGUCUUAGUUUCCUCCGACCUCUUUCCCUAGUAACAUCGUAAUUACAUCCUGUUUUGCGAGCGAGGGAGUGGGUGAAGCUAUUAAAUGUUUGAUAGGUGGAUGAACUCACAAACAGUAUUAUCUCAGGGAGAGGGAAUGACAGAUAAUAGCAGCUAUGGCAGACUGCAGUCAUGGGCAGUUACGGUCUCUUACACGUCUCUCCAGCUGCAAUCCAAAAUUAGUGUGGAGGGGAGGGAAAGGCCUUACCAUCACGAGCGCUGUGGGAGGAGGCCUGAGAUCUCUGCGGUCGGUUCGCAAAGAGACAGAAAAGCCAAGUGCUCCCCCUAAAACCACAUCCAGCAGCUUUUCGCCCCUGUCGUGUGUGUGUUCCUCUGAACCGUGUGUCCUUGGCUAUUUCGCUAUGAGCAGAGUUCUUGUGAAAGACCACUGUUCAUUACUCAGCAUUUGACAGUACAUCUGUGCUUUUGUAUGUGCAAACAGUGUUUGUUUUUACAGUGUUUAUGAGAUUGUGUCAUUUUAGGUAGCUUUUUUCCCCUUGAGGUUCCAAAGAGACUGAAUUAAUUCCUUGUUCUUCUGUGUGUUGUUGUUCCUAUACAGUUGUCUAGAUUCCACUUGUGACUAUAGGAUAUUGGUAAACCUAUUUUAAUGACACUGACUGUAAAGGUCUCUCUCUGUCAUGUAUUUUGAAAUCUGAUCAUCUAUUUGUCUAUUAUAUGUUGUUACUUAGGCACAUAAAUUGAGAUUUUAUUAAUGUCGCUUAAUUAAAUCGCAAGAAGCAUCACAGACUGUA